CGGCUAGUCGCAGAGGAUGCUAAUCGGCGGCGGCGGCUGCGGCGCUAUUGCGUCGCCACCUCUCGCAACGCGUGAUCGAUCAGCUGCAAGUGAGCCGUCACCGUUGCGCGUCGCCGUAGCCGCCGCCAUCGCCAGUCUUGAGUUGAUCGCGCUCGGCUGCGGGUCGGUAUCGAAGCACACAAGUUAACGGUGUGUGGCCGCGAAACGGAGAAAGGAAAGGAGAUAGGCGCGAUCGGAAAGAACGGUUAUAACGGUCAGGUCGGACCUUGCGGGUCCAAGGUUUGAACUCUGCGUUGCGCGUAGAGCGUAAUCUCGGUGUGUAUGAGUGGCUGUAUGGCUGAUGAUGAGGCGGUGCUCUGUGAUUUGUUGUAAAUAGCAAAUUUAUCCGAAGCUCUGCUGGGCAGGAUUUCGACGCGUGAAAGAAGAAGCGGCACGACGCGGAUUGACCGUGAAUUACGGGGAAGAAAUAAAAAAUGACCUGGUUUCGUGGCUUCUGCUAACCAGUCAUUUAUUAUCGUUCGUUUAUUGGUUGAUUGACCUCUCCGAUCGUGAAGACGUCAAAAUUUGUGUGAUCACAUGUGGAAAGUGUUUUCGCGUGAGACAGCCUAUGAGAAGGAGGAGAUUCACGGUGACGGUCAGUCGCGCACGGAAGGGAAAAUCCAGCCGAGAGAAAUCAUACAAAUCCUCCACUUCCCCGCCGAUGAGGCCAUUUGAAAAUACAAUGCACUCCAAUCGAAUGGGCGGCUUUCGAAAUUAGUGUUCUAAGUGUGAAACAAAACAAACAAAAAAAAAACAACGCACAACAGCCGAUGAAUAACAAGUGCUUCGUGAAUGGUGGUUAAACAUUGAGUUAAGGUGCGUGUGAAGAGAGUGAGAGUGAGACAGGGGUGUAGGAAAGGGGAAUAGUGCAACUACUACAAUGGCGCCGGCCUUGAGUGGGGUCGCAACCGCGGUCUUCGUGGUGGCUGUAACCGGUGUGACGCUGGUCGUUCACAGGCAUGUAAAUGAGGAUCGCAGCGCGGAUCGUUUCCGAACGUACGAAGAUUUCAUCAAGUUCAAUCACGGAUUCGCGGACGGUGGCCCCGUUGUAGACAAUAUGUUGAUCGGGGAUGGUGACGGUCAGUACGAGUUGCGACCUCCACCGGCUAGGAUAUCGAGGAAUCCCUCGGAGUCCUCGUUCUACAGUCUCAGCCGUCGGUCCGGGCUGGACCUGGAUUACGACGCGUACUAUCCGGAUGCGGAGGAUGUCUCCCGGAGGGAGUACUUCCGGAAUACAACUUAUGUGCCACGGUACCUCAGAUCGACAGACUGGUUGCGGAUUGAAGGUAGUAGCAGUGCCGCGACGACGGGGAUUGACCACGAGAAGCGGGAGAAAGUCAAAGAGAUGAUGAUCCACGCGUGGGACAACUACAAACUGUACGCGUGGGGUAAAAACGAGCUGAAACCAAUCUCGAAGCGGGGCCACUCGGGCAGCAUCUUCGGGGCGUUCGAUCUCGGUGCGACGAUAGUGGACGGGCUGGACACGCUCUACCUGAUGGGACUGCACAAGGAGUUUGACGAGGGUCGGGACUGGAUCGAGCGCAAGUUCACGCUGGAAAACGUCGGCAAUGAUUUGUCGGUGUUCGAGACGAACAUCCGCUUUAUCGGUGGGUUCCUAACGUGCUACGCAUUCACCGGCGAUCGGCUGUUCCUGGAGAAGGCUAAGUACGUGGCCGAUAAGCUGCUGCCAGCGUUUCAGACCCCCACGGGAAUUCCGUACGCGUUGGUUAAUGUGAACACGGGGCCGAAGACCUUGCUCGACCGGGUCAUCAAUCAUAUAGAGAUCUUUUUUGUCAAUCUGUUCUAUAAGAUCAGCAAAAACUACGGCUGGGCAAGCGGUGGGAGCAGCAUCCUGUCCGAGUUCGGUACGCUUCACCUGGAGUUUUCCUAUCUGAGCGACGUCACCGGCGAUUCGGUGUACCGGGAGCGGGUCCAAACGAUCCGCAGCGUGCUGAAGGACAUCGAGAAGCCGAAGGGUUUGUAUCCGAACUAUUUGAAUCCGAAGACGGGCAAAUGGGGCCAGCAGCAUAUGUCGCUCGGGGCGCUGGGCGACAGUUUCUACGAGUAUCUGCUGAAGGCCUGGAUCCAGUCCGGGCAUGAUGACGAGGAAGCGCGGGAGAUGUACGACGAUGCGAUGCAGGCAAUCAUGCAGCACAUGAUCCGGACUAGUCCGGGCGGGCUGACCUACGUGUCGGAUAUGAAGUUCGAACGGUUGGAGCAUAAGAUGGAUCAUUUGGCUUGUUUUGCGGGCGGUCUUUUCGGACUCGGUGGAACGACACUGAACAAUCAGUUCUCGGAGAAGUACUUGGAAAUCGGCGAAGGACUUACGAACACGUGCCACGAAAGCUACGUUCGAACGUACACCCGCUUGGGGCCGGAAGCGUUCCGCUUCAAUGACGGUGUAGAGGCGAAAGCACUGAAAUCACAGGAAAAGUACUACAUUUUGCGGCCGGAGACAUUCGAGAGUUACUUCGUCAUGUGGAGACUAACACACGAUCAAAAGUAUCGUGACUGGGGAUGGGACGCGGUUCAGGCGCUCGAGAAGCACUGCCGGACGCCAAACGGCUAUAGCGGUUUGAAGAAUGUCUAUCUGACGGAUCCACAGAAGGACGAUGUACAGCAAAGUUUCUUCUUAGCAGAAACACUGAAGUACCUUUAUCUGCUAUUUUCCGACGACUCGCUACUCCCGCUGGAUGACUGGGUGUUCAACACGGAAGCGCAUCCGCUACCGGUAAAGGGACGCAACACACUGUAUCGCACGGCGUCGUCGUCCAGUGCACCGUAAAGCGAUGCAGCAGCAGCAGCAGCACCAUAAUGAGGCGGCGGCGGCGCAGCGCAAGCCUCCCAAUACUACUGAACCACUACUAUUGUUACAACUAUAACUACAGCACCACAACAUCACUGUAGAGACAGAGAGGGAGAGUUAAAGUAGUUAAAGCCGUUUUUCUUAUCCUGGUUUGCAUGUGUUGCGUGGGUGGGUAGUUGCGUGAGGUGUGCAUGACUGUGAACAGAGCAAACUUCCUCGAUUGUUCGGAGGAAGCAAUUCCUUAUAUUCUAAUUACUAGCCAGUUUGACUGUGACACGGGCGGGAGCCGUUGUGGCGAGGAGUGGCAGAGAAAGGCAAACAUUUAACAAAUCAUGAUGUGGGUAUCAUGAUUAGUAGUCACUAGAGAGAGAGAAAAAAAAAUCAAGAGCGUUUUCACUGAGUUCGUGAAUGAUUGUAGUUAAUUAUAUAGGGAAAGAUAUAUAUAUAUAUAUAUAUAUAAAUAAUAUUUGUGAUGAAAGCUAUUAAUUUAUCAAAGAGGACGAUUGUUCUAUAUAGAUUGUGUUGAUAUUAGUGGAAAAUGUAACAAGAAGAUAGAACAAAGUAAGUUUAUUUCCUUCGAGCGCAAGCGCCCGCGGGAUGAUAUUUCAAACUCUGAUAUGCUCUGAAGUGUAGUCGAAUCGUUUGUCCUCUAAAUCUUCCAUCUUAUACGAAUAAUAUGAAACUAAGAAAGAGGGAAAGAGAGUAAAAAAAAUAAUAACAAAUUCCUUCAUACGCACUUUUUCGAUAGAGUAGAACAUAAAUGUAGAAAUUAUUGCGCACCGACAAUUUAAACCAAGAAGACCCACCAAAAUCCACGGACUACUAGAUGAAGGUUUCGUUCGAUUAGCUAGCGCGGUUGGUACGACGGUUCGAACGAAGCAGAGAUUGGAGAAGAGUAGGCGAAAUCACGAUUCAUUGAGAUGGUCAUUAUUGCCAAAGUUACAAAAAUGAGAGUUAGAAAUUGUUUUGUGCCGGGUACCAUAAAGUGUUAUGUUUAGUAUUCAUUCUCGUUCCCAUAGUACCUGCUUCGUUUAUACCUAGUACGGAAGAUGUGGGUAACACGGACAGUGGGGGUAUAAUGGACAAGUGGUUGAUUUCUUUUAUUUCAUUUUAUUUAUUUACCAACAGAUAAAAUAAUUAUCCCAAUGACAUGAAAAGUAUGACUUACACAACACAUAUUGUAUUGUAUUGGCUAGAGAUGCUGCUAGAGCAGGCAAGCAGCGUUUCAGGACCAAGGACGGAAUACCAUCAGGACCGGACCAGGCAGGUUUAAGAGGUUUACGGUUAGUUCGCUUAGGUACAAAUUGAUCAAUGGCAUAGAUUAUGAUGCACGAUACUGUUGAUGCCGAUUCUUUGACGUCGCGAUUGGCCAGUUCUUCCCAACUAACGUUUGAGAAAAAAAUCAUCUCGUCGAAGUAGGCUUUAUCGAAGUUUAUAGAAUAUGCUUUCUGUCGUGUCUUUGUUAUCACGGUGUACGCAAAAAUCAAUGUUGACCAGCAACGGGGCAUGAUGCAUGAAACUUUUUACGAGCGUAGCAGGAGCUGUUAUUACGGAGAAGCUGGAACAUAUUUCCUCACUUACAAAGCAGAGGUCAAGCAUACGGUUGUUACGAUUCAUAACUCCACUCUUUUGUCCGAGUCUUGAAGUGCGAUAAGCGUCCAACAGAUUACGGGAUACGAGUCCAGUCGAUGAGUCAGAUGUGGGGAAAUAAAAACCAAUUGCUCAACCGUCAAGCUUUCGGGAGGGGAUAGUAACCGCGACUUCGAAUAGCCAGCAAGACUUCGCCACCAGAACUUUUGUUGCUGUUAGUGGGUGAUCGAUCUUGUCGGAAAACGGCGUAGAGCUGGCUUAAAAUAGUGUUGUCAUUGAGCCACGUUUCAGUAAACGCGUAUAUGUCGUAGUAGCCGUCGCUGCAAGCAAUCGCGUACUUCGCUAACGAGGUGUUAAUUCCGCCAAGGUUUUGAUAAUACAGGAGCACAGUUGAACCGUUGGCGUCAGCGACGUUGGGAAUAGAGACUCUGCGAAUGAUCUGUGGUACUCCGCUGCAAUUCGACGAAGCAUUAAGAGAAGGAGUGUCGCGAAUAAUAAGAUACUUGCCUGUCAACACAGGCUGGAAAGCCCUUUCACCAGCCUCGACCGCAGGGCCAGGACGGCGUUGCCAUAUGUUUCCUUUUACAUAGACAGCUAAUGAAUCACAAAACAGCUGGUAAGGAUGACCACGCAGCGGAGCUCUUCAAGGGGAAUCCGGCAAAACUUAUACAGUGUAUGCACCGGAUGAUAGUCAGGAUUUGGGACACGGGAGAGCUAUCGGAGAAGUAUGAAGAAGGGGAAAUUGCUCCAUUCAGAUUUGUGGGAAUUUAUCAGGAUUUAUGCUAGGCUGCUCAACGGCGGAUGAUCUGCGACAGAUUCUCUAAAAGUGCCGCAAGUUUCAAAUUCCUAUGCACAACAUCUUCGUCGACUUCAAAACCGCAUAUGAUACUUAUGGUAUCAAUAUGACUAGAUUGAUUCAGGCAACGAUGAAACGAAGUGCUGUACAGUGUGCGGAUAUCUGGCGAUCUGUCGGAAUCUUUUGAGGCUCACUGAUGACUUCGGCGAGACGAUGAACUCUUCUGUCUGUUCUUCAACGUGGCACUGGAAAGCACUGGUUAUGCGGAAUGUGGGCUUCAAAAUGAAGCGAGGAGUGGCAUUGGCCAGUUUAACAAUGAAAACUAUGACUAGCUGGAGUGGAAUUCCCACUGGCCAGAGAGAGAGAGAGUCUGUUGAAAUUCGUCUGGUCGGGAGUGAAGACGGAGCCUCAUGGGUGAGUUGGACACGGAGUCAAUAUGACCAUGUACAACUUGAAAAAGCAUCACGAGAGGAAGACGUUGAUUUCGGAGGUACAACUUCUUAAGCGGAGUUUGAUGCUCUGAAAAGAAAUGUUUCUCGUUUCUCAUGAGUGACAGUUCGGUAAAAGAAUGGGUAAUGGCUUCGGGCGCAAGUUCGCAGUUUUGAUGAAUUUUCGUAUUUUUCUUCGGAUAAUAUCCAUCAAAGUUUGGACUCUCUGUUGGCCAAACUCAGUGGCCAUUUUAUUUCACGAUCUUUUCAGGUCUGCAACAUUCUUAGUGCACUUUCCGUGCACCGUUUUUCAAUUACCACUUGACAAUUGGCCAAUAUUUUUUGAUUGGGCGAAAUUGGGGACAACUGGGAAGAUUGAGGUCUUCUUCAAUGUAAUCGACCCCUUUGUCACGGCACUGCUGAAGCACCUCUUGGCUGUAGUGGCAGCUUGCCAAAUCUGGCUAAGACUUCACCGGACCUUUGUGAACCUUAAUAACUACAGGCACUCUUCCCUAUUCAUUUUCGAGUCUUGUUUGCUACAAGCACUAUGGUUUUCUUUCUAUAGCGGUAAAUUUGAUGCCAAAUCAAGAACUUCCUGGCAAAUUUACCAGCGGAAACGAACUUAAACUAGUUGGGGACAUCUGCUCUGACAGAGGCCUUAUGGAAUUUCAGACUCUGAUAGAGGCCUUAUAGAAUUGCAGACUUGGGAGCUGUCCAAAAUCCAUCUUCACGUACGUUUCGUCAUCCAUCAGCAUGCAUCCUUUGGUCACCUGAUUUCGUUUCAACGUUCUGUUUGGUUCCUUUCAGGCAGAUAAAUUACGAUAACCAUCUUGCAUACGGAUAUUCCGGAUGAUAUAUUGGGUAGAAUUAUGUUUUUUUUGACGUUGUCCUAGUCCGAGAGUCCAGAAUAUGCCUUAAUUGUUCUAAAAACCAUCAACCUCAACUUUCGAUCGUAAGUUCGACUAUGACGCGUCCUCUGAUCCAUCUGAACAACAAAUGCACGUUCGUGGAAACAUUUCAGCACAUCAUAGCACAAAUUUCUUUUCUCGGCUUCCAUUCUGCACAACUUUUUCAAAAUAAAACGGAUCAACGUUAUAUUUUCACCGUUGAAAGAUACCGGUUUUCCAAACAACUGUCUGUCAAAAGAUUUCAGAUACGCCUACUACGACCCCUGCUAGAUAAUGAACAGUGCUUCCAGAUUCUAAAUGUUUCGAGCAUUACUGCGAUCUUUUCAAUAAUUCUCUCGAAUGUAAUUAUUUACUUAGUUGAGUUUCGAAGAUUUUUCCCGACGCAUGGCUUCGAAAUGAUAAUUUUGAAGUUUUCUAGGGUUUUUCAUAUCAUACAGUAAAGUACGAUCCACACGGGAACAAUUUUUUUGUUUCAUCUCCUUCAAUUUUGCCUAUCAAUGAACCGUGAAAUAAAAAUAGAUUAGUAAAAUCAUUUCCAAACCCCGAAAAAGUAAGCAAAAAUAGUGCCAAAUAAAAGAACCACUAUUAGAAUGUCGUGUGCAUUUUAGAAAAAAAAAUCGUUCUAAUAUCAAAUUACAACCUCUCUUCAUUUUAUCUCUCCUGCAUAUUUUACAAUCACAUCUGUUCGUUCCAUUUCCUCUGUAGCGCAAAGGAAGCAUUUAUGAAGUGUUCCACUGAACAAACUAUUCCGUCAAAAAUCAGGAGAAAAGAUGCAAUGCAUUAAUUUGAUUAAAACGAAGCAUUUCGAGUCGAGUCCCCUUACCCCACCACUCAACAGUCGAGUGUCACUGUCCAAGUAUGAAGCACAUUGCACAGACCAAUUUAAUAUGGAUACUGUUAAUAGUAAAAGGGACAAAAAUCGAACAUGUUUCUAUUUAACCGUUCCCCGCAAAACGAAAUCCUCGCGAUUUCUGUAAAUAUUCUGUUGUAAUUUAUUUUAGCCAAAAGAGAGAAAAAGAAACAUAGUCUAUAAAUCUAUUAAUUCUUCUUCGCUAAGGGUCACAUUUGAACAAAUCUCUCCGCUAUGGAAAAAAAUCAUUGUAGUAACUAAGAGCGAAAACAAUGCCUUUUCUUACACGAACACACAUACGAACAAACAAAACAACUUUCCUGUAGAUUGUAUUUAAACAAGAGCGCAGCACUAUAGGUUAGACUAAGAACUAGAAGAUCUCUGGUUGGCGCAGACUUCAAACGAAACAUACAAAGCGAAAGGAUUUCCAAACGUGAGAGGAGCGCCCACAGGUGGGAGACAAACACCGCCCUCCGUGGGCACUAAAUAUACAUAUUGUUAGUGUAUUAUUCACAUUCACAGUAGGCAGACACACAACUACAACAACAGAAACAUAAAGUGAAUCCCAUUUCGGGAAUGUUAAUAGUUAGCACCGAAUUCGCUGGGGACGAAAUAGUACAUUUUAAAUUAUUAGAAAAAAAAACAAACAAAAAAAUAGAAAUGAUAAAUUUGAAACAGACACACACUCGAUCGAUUCAUAAUAAUUAAAUCAAAAAAUGUUGAAGUCAAUGGUCAAAAUGUGGCGACAGGGUACCUUCUUGAAUAGAACGAGCGUCGACCAAAAUGAGACGAGUAAAAAAAAAUGGUAGGUCAGAUUAAGUCAGUUGUUAAGGAGAAGAUGGAGCGUGUAUUAAAUUCAUUUUUAUAAAACCAAA